AUGGAACCUAAUCUUAAGCAAGUCCCUUAUUUUCGUUGUGAAAAGGGAAAUGAUUCGAUCCCCCUGUGCCAGAAGUGUGAGACAUGUAUUUUAGCAUGGAAGAUCUUUUCUACUAAAGAGUGGUUCCAAAGGGUCAGCGACAUAACAAAGAGGAGGUUUCUAGUUAGCAUCCUACAUCAGCUAGAUAGCUUAUACUUACUACACUAUUUCCAAAAUAUCCUACAAACCACCCAGGGAAAGGAUUUUAUCUAUAACAGAGCCCGGAUCAGCCUCAGUAGGCUGGCGAGGAAGAAGGAGAAGUCUGUGAAGUCCUCCUUGAACCAGUUGUUGGAGAAAACUGCAGAGGAGAAGAUGAAGGAGAUCUUGUACUGGUUUGGCGACAGCACCUAUUGGACCAAGGCAAAUUUUGCUGUCUCCCUGUUGCAGAUGUGCAACGAAAAACUACUGCUCACUGCUGCGAAUGUGACCAGAGUCCUGCUUCUGAAAGAAUGGAACAAGAUCUCAGUGCUCCAUCCAGACUCUGCCAAUGUGCUGUUUUUCCCUAAGAAAAACUACAACACCAUAUCUGAGCUCCCACAAGUGUAUUGGGCAGCUAAACCAAGAUCUAUGUCCUUCCCUUUGUCCAGAACUUCAGGAAAUAAAGACACACUUGGAGAUCUGGAAAGAGUAAAUGGUAAACAACGCAAGAGAUGGCUUCAUUGUGUUUCUGAGACGAAUAAGCUUCUGUCUAAGAAAUCAGGCACGGAUCGGCCAGGUGCAGAUCCCUGCUGUCUGCUGAUGGACCUGCGUGAGGUCAGACGUCUGUCUUCAGGGUGCAGUAAAUUCCGGGACUUCAUCCGUCUAUUGCCCAUCCACCUCUCCAAGUACAUUCUAAGAAUGCUGGAUAAAAGUAGCCUGAACAAAUGUGUCUCUGUGAGCCAGCACUGGGCCUCCCUGGCCCAGCAGGUCAAGAUGGAGUUAUCCAUGAAUACCUUCAUUCAAAACCAGAUUACCAUAUUGCAGGUACUUCUGAUCUGGGAGGGAUAUGUGUGGAGACAAACUACAUUUCUUCUUUGUGGCCUGCACUCUCCAUCUCACCAUCUGUCCUCUCAUUGUCAGUGUACCUAGCAGGGAUGAGGUAUAGAAGUGUCUUAGGAACAGAGAGGCAAAACCUUUCCAAACCACUCAUAACCACUUGUCCAGCAUGUACAAGGCCCUGAGUGCCAUCACCAGAAC